AUGUUCUCAAAGCAGUUCGGCGCUCUGUUGCUGGCUUUCGGGGGUGUUGUUGGUGCCAUCCAGUUCAACGGACCAGCCCCGACGCCGAUAAACAAGCGAUGGGACGCGAAUGGGUGGACGCCGAUACCCACAUCCAAACCGAAGCCGAUACUUGAGCUCUUCCGGAGGCAGUCAGACCCAGCGUUCUGCGGCUACCUCGAGGGAGACCCAGAGGAGCCCGUAUCCUGCGAUUUGGGUUAUAGCUGCAUGUACGACGACGUUUACUCGUGGUUCGGAUGCUGUACUGGCUCCUACAUCACGGACUGCGACGUCUAUACGGCUUGCGUUGAAUACAGGUCCAUUGACGACUGCAUGGAAUCUUCCGAAUGCUGGGAUGACCCUCUUGCUACGGCCUGCCCGGAUCCGGAGAGGCCUUAUUGUGCUACGCUCUACACCCUGGUGUCGGGCGAACCUUACGGGCACUUUGCAUGCGCCGCAACAGAUACGGCUGUAGAGGUUGUGUCUACCACAGUCGACGGUGACUCGUCUUUUCUCUUUCCAACCGAAACCGAGGACUUCUUUACCGUGAGCCCGACCUUUACCUUUUCCCCAGAGGAGACGAGUACGGAGGACGAAACUAGCACGGAAGAAGAGACGAGCACCGAGGCUGAAUCUUCGACGAGGAGAGGGAGCACUCGAACUCCUCUGACCGACGACUCCACCCAGGCGCCUUCUUCUACUGCACCCGCGGAAACAGGGCAGAAUGCGCCGAGCUCUGUGUCAACAGGUGCCGCCAUGAGGACUGCGGAAGCGGUCUUUGGGGCGGCAGGCGGUCUUGUGGGAAUCCUUGCGUUGGUCUUAUAA